GAAGCAUCCUCACCGAAGCAUCCUCACCGCAUUGCACAAGCGCUUUACUGACGGGCAAACAGACAGAAGUUCGGCGAGGCCAUCGAACUCGACCCCAGCAACCACGUCCUGUACUCCAACCGUUCCGGCGCAUACGCUUCAUUGAGAGACUGGGAGAAGGCCCUCGACGAUGCCACCAAGACGACCGAGAUCAAGCCUGACUGGGCCAAGGGCUGGGGCAGAAAGGGUGCCGCCCUGCACGGCAUGGGCAACCUUGAUGCCUUCGAAAAGGCCGUAGAGCUCGACCCCAACAACGCUCAAGCAAAGUCCGGCCUCGAGGCAGUUAGACGCGCCAUCCAGGCAGAGGCCGAUGCUGACGGUGCCGACUCGACCGGCGGCCUGGGCAACAUGUUCAAUGACCCUCAGAUGAUUCAGAAGCUCGCCGCCAACCCCAAGACUGCCGCAUUGCUCGGAGACUCCGCCUUCAUGCAGAAGCUCAACCAGAUGAAGUCCAACCCCAACAUGAUGGGUGAGGCCAUGCAAGACCCUCGCUUCCUGCAGGUCAUGAGCGUCCUGCUCGGUAUCGACAUGUCUUUCGCCGACCCUUCGUCGCAACAACAACAACAGGGUGGUCAGCAGAGAGGAGAGGCCGAAGAGGACGUCCCCAUGCCCGACGCUAAGCCCAGCCAACCCGAGCCCGCAAAGGCACCCGAGCCGGAACCGGAACCCGAGGACGAGGAGGCAGCUGCACAAAAGAAGGCAAAGGAGGAGGCAGACAAGGAGAAGGCUCUUGGUACUGAGAACUACAAGAAGAGACAGUUUGACGCUGCCAUUGAGCACUACUCGAAGGCCUGGGACCUCUACAAGGACAUCACCUACCUCACCAACCUUGGUGCUGCCAAGUUCGAGAAGGGUGACUACGAGGGUGCAAUUGAGGCCUGCAAGAAGGCUGUUGAGCACGGUCGUGAGGUCUUUGCCGACUUCAAGCUCAUUGCAAAGGCUUUCGGUCGCAUCGGUACCUCGUACGAGAAGCUGGGCGAUCUCCCCAACGCCAUCGACAACUACCAGAGAUCGCUCACCGAGCACCGUACCCCUGACGUCCUUACUAAGCUGCGCGCCGCUGAGAAGGCCAAGAUCAAGGCCGAGAAGGACGCAUACCUGGAUCCUGCAAAGGCCGAGGAAGCUCGCGAGCUCGGCAAUCAGAAGUUCAAGGAGGCCGACUGGCCCGCUGCCGUCGAGGCUUACACCGAGAUGACCAAGCGCGCACCCGAGGACCCCCGCGGUUACUCAAACCGCGCCGCUUGCUUGAUCAAGCUGCUCACCUUCCCCGCCGCCGUCGACGACUGCAACAUGGCCAUCCAAAAGGACGAGGGCUUCAUUCGCGCCUACCUCCGCAAGGCCCAGGCCCUCUUCGCCAUGCGCGAGUACAACAAGGUCAUCGAUGUCUGCAACGAGGCCAUGGCCCACGACAAGGACGGCAAGAACACCCGCGAGAUUGAGCAGCAGAUGCAGAAGGCCGUUCAGGCACAGUACAGCGCUCGUGAGGGUGAGACCGAAGAAGAGACCAUGGAGCGCAUCCAGCGUGACCCUGAGAUCCUUUCUAUCUUGCAAGACCCCAUCAUGCAGUCAAUUCUGCAACAGGCCAAGGGUGACCCGGCUGCUCUCCAAGAGCACAUGAAGAACCCUGACGUCCGUACAAAGGUCCAGAAGCUCAUGGCUGCUGGCGUUAUCCGUGUUGGUGGCCGAUAGAUUUGAUAUCCCCUCUUGUUGUCAUUUCAGCGUUUCCUCACAAAAUUCAUAGCAAUUAAAUAUUUUGAUGAUGCCCGGAAUUUAUGAAGUUUUCUUUGAGUCACUUG